AUGUCCUUUCGCCGCCUCUCGCGGCUGGCCGCUCCGGUCAGCGCGGGCGCGGUGUUGCUCGCCCGCGCCGCUGCACCGCCGCCCGAGCUGGCCGAGUGCUCGUAUGAUGUGCGGAGGCAAGGAGUGUCCAGCGGGAUGCACAUCGAGCUCCAGAAGCUGCGGCCGCGGGAGGAGCAACUGCGGCGCAAGUGGGAGGAGGACGAGGCUGGCUUCCACAAGCUCCCGCCACGGGCAUGGCCUCCGGACGCGGCGGUUGCGGUGGCGACGGACCUCGAGGAGGAGAGCACUGCAGAGGGGGUGUCGCUGCUGCAGGAGGUGGCCGCGGCGGGGCACGCGCAGGCGCUGUACGAGGUCGGCGUGCUGCACUACUUGGGCAGCGUGCCGCAGCUGCUCGCGGAGGACUACGGCAGGGCAUACGCGUGCUUUGAGGCGGCGGCGGCGCAACAGCACAUGUCGGCCAACUUCAUGCAGGCCGAGCUGCUCAUCGAAGGGAUGGGCGUCGAGAGUGACGUCGCCGCGGCGGUGCCGCUCCUUGUCGCUGCGGCGGAGAGAGGCCAUCGCAUGGCGCGGCAGUACUUGCGCGACUUUUGGGACGCGGAUGCGGCGCAGUCGGGCGUCGCGCCGGGAGGGAGCUCAAUGGAGCGGGCCAGGGUGUUUGCGCAGCAGCUGCCGCAGGUGCCGCUCGGUGGGUCGGAGCACUUUUCGGUCUUCCGCGGCGACGGCGCGCAGAGCAGCCUGGCGGAGCUGCUGGCAGAGGCGGCGUCGAGCGACGUCGUGCUGCUCGGGGAGUGCCACGACGACCCCGUCGCGCACCACCUCGAGGCGUUCCUCCUCAUCUCGCUGGCCGCCGUGCGGCCUGAGGUCGUCCUCUCGCUUGAGAUGCGGCAGGGCGAGUGUCCGUACCUCGGCGUCAGCGGGCGGGACGGGCUGCUCGCGCCGGCGAGGCCCGAGGCGCUGGUGGUGCAUGUGUGCGGCUAUUUCCACUGCGAGAAGCACGUCGGCAUCGCCGAGAUGCUCUCCGCGUACGCGCCUCAGCCGCCGUCGACUCUCGUGGCCGAGUGCCACGCCUUUCGACCGCAGCACAAAGGCGCCGCCGACUUCGUCAUCCUCACGGACGCAUCCCUCCCGCGCUCGUACGACCACUCGCCGCACGAGGAGUGA